CACAAGGAGUUUAAAGAGUUGUCCAAAGAUUUGUCUCAGUUUGCGAUCAAAGGCUCGGAGGAUGACUGGGACAGCGCUCUGAAGGGCACCGCAAAGACACUCAUCUCUAUUAAAACUUUAGCCAAACGAGGGUACAUAUCGGGCCAACCGCUCAAUGAGCACAACCAGCCCCUCGUUCUGCCCAAUGGCUACGUCUAUGGCGAGCAGAGUCUGCGGGCGAUCCUUGGAAAA